CCCACAAACACACACACAAGAGCUUCCCCAACCAAACUGCGAGUGAAGAAGCUAGCAUGGCCAUUCAGCUCCCAUCCGGUGGGUGACAGCAGAAAUCUGCUGCUCAUUCUCUCCAUCUUUCUGGUGAAGCUAGUUUUUUUUGCAGUAAACAAGAGGUCAGGAAAGCAGGAAAGCAAAGCUUAAAAAGAGAGACACAACCCCAGAAGCCAGAAGUACUAGUUACUCAUCCUCCUCUUUGUUUUUAAUCUUUAUUCCCUUUUGCUCCUCCCCACUUUCUUUUCCUUUUGAAAUCUGUAUAACCUUUUGAGCUAUAUAUCUAGCUUGCAAUAGUACCUCCCCCUCAAUUUUCUAUUCUCAAUCUUCUUGGGUUCUGAUCACUUCCUCUCACAGAUAGGUUCUUUGUAUUUGAGUAAUCAAUUUAAAGCAUAGAAUUAUGGAUGCCCAUUCUCUUCCCCCUCCUUUCCACACUAGAGAUUUCCAACUCCAUCACCAGCAGCAGCAGCAGCAGCAUCACCACCAGUUCCACCACCAGCAGCAAAACUCCGAAGACGAGCAGACCGGAAGCAGCGGCCUCAACAAGGGAACCAAAAGAGAGCGAGAUAUCGACAACAACAACAACGACAGUGGAAAUGGCGGUGAAGGCAGCAAAGAGCUGAACAUCACUGUUUCCGGGGAUGGAUCGGAAAUGACAAGAAGACCGAGAGGCAGGCCUGCCGGAUCCAAAAACAAGCCGAAGCCGCCCAUCAUCAUUACUCGAGAUAGUGCUAAUGCUCUCCGAACCCAUGUCAUGGAAAUCGCUGAUGGCUGCGACAUAGUGGAGAGUGUUGCCACCUUUGCUCGCAGACGCCAGAGAGGCGUCUGCAUUAUGAGCGGCACGGGGACUGUCACCAACGUCACCCUCAGGCAACCAGCGACCCCGGGCUCUGUCGUAACUUUACACGGCCGAUUUGAGAUCUUGUCCCUAGCAGGGUCCUUCCUACCACCUCCAGCCCCGCCUGCGGCAACUGGUUUGACCAUUUAUCUGGCAGGCGGGCAAGGGCAGGUGGUUGGAGGCAGUGUUGUUGGGACUCUUUUGGCUUCGGGUCCGGUGGUGAUUAUGGCUGCCUCGUUUAGCAACGCCGCGUACGAGCGGCUUCCACUGGAGGAGGACGAGGGUUCGAUGCCAAUGCCGGGAGGGAGUAUGGGGUCUCCCACCGCGGUUGGUCAACAACAGCACCAGCAGCAACAGCAGCAACAACAGCUUUUGGCCGAAGCUGCUAAUACAAAUGCGCCUCUUUUCCAUGGUUUACCUCCCAAUCUCCUAAAUUCCAUGCAAUUGCCGGCUGAAGCGGCGUACUGGGCUACCGGCCGCCCUCCAUUCUAACCAUAUUGAUGUCCUUGAAGAAGAACAACAACAAGAAGAAGCCUUUCCAGUUCAAGAUGGUCAUUCAGUACUCCUCUCUUCACACCUGCAUCUUACCAAGAUGACACAAGACUUUGUAGCUGGCUAGUAGCUAUGUAGCUAGCAGAAUUUGGGUUGUCGAGCAUUUUCAGGUUUUUAAUGUGUUUCUUUUUCUCUUUUUUUUUUUCUGAGUUUGGUUUAGCUAGCAUUUGAUCGAUGAUUUAGGUACGUACCAUUUAUAUGUUUUACAUCUUUGAUUGAUCGAAAGACUACUGUGUAUAUUCAUGGAUUAUUAUUCUUGGUGAGAGUUUC